GAAGGCACCGGGGCAAGCGGCCUGUUGGCGCGCAAUUCCAGCUGGCUGUUCGCGCUAGCAUCAGGGCUCGAUCUAGAGGACGCGGCAGCCGCAGCUCCUGGAGCACAGCGGGCAGAGCUGCGGGCUGCACGCGCACCUGCAGCCACCGGGCGUCCCGCGGAGGCUCCCGCGCCCUGCGGCGACUUCCGCGCCCGCGCUCCCCUUUGUCAAAGUCCCCAAGCGGCGGCAGGGGCGGCGGCGGGGUCGGAGCCCGCGCCGUGGGCGACUGAGGCGGCCGCAGUCCGCGCCCCGGCGCCCUGGCGAUGCCGGACCAGAUCUCUGUGUCGGAAUUCCUGGCCGAGACCCUUGAGGACUACAAGGCGCCCACGGCCUCUAGCUUCACCACGCGCACGGCCCAGUGCCGGAACACCGUGGCGGCGGUCGAGGAGGAUGCAGUGACUUAUGAUGAUGUGCAUGUGAACUUCACUGGGGAAGAGUGGAAUUUGCUGGAUCCUUCCCAGAAGAGUCUCUACAAAGAUGUGAUGCUGGAGACCUACUGGAACCUCACUGUUAUAGGCUACACUUGGGAAAACCAUCAUAUUGAAAGACAUUGUCAAAGUUCAAGAAGAAAUGAAAGAGACACCUCCAAGUUCACUGAACAUGUCUUCCACACGUGUGACACCAACAGUGACGGCACUAUCAACUUCCGAGUGUUCAUCAUUGCUCUGAGCCUGACCUCUCGGGGCAAGCUGGAACAGAAGCUGAAGUGGGCCUUCAGCAUGUCUGACCUAGACAGCAAUGGCUACAUCAGCUUCAGUGAAAUGCUGGAGUUAGUGCAGGCCAUCUACAAGAUGGUGUCCUCCAUGAUGAAGAUGCCCGAGGACAAGUCCAUGCCUGAGAAUCGAACAGACAAGAUCUUCAGGCAGAUGGACACAAACAAUGAAGGCAAAAUGUCCCUGGAAGAAUUCAACAAAGGUGCCAAGAGGAAUCCAUCCAUUGUCCGGUUGCUGCAGUGAGAUCCCAGCAGUGCUAGCCAGUUCUGAGUGGAAUGGGCUUUACACAGUUGUGUGAAACACAGGCUUGACCUGCCAUCUUCAGCUUUGCUUGCAAAAGUGGACUUCUCCAUGAUUUCUCCUGCUCUCUCAGGACCUGGGUCCAGGCAGCACAUCACACUCACCUGGUCUGGCUGGAUGCAGCUCCCUCCUCUAUUUGAUCCCAUAGAUGUCCCUCCUCCUUCAGUCCAGGCUGGCUCCUUCUAAUGGUUCAAGUGUUCUCAGCUGUAUGCCUCUUUCCCUGCCCACAGAGGGCCUGGAAGCCCUUAAGGACACCAGACAGGACUUUUCAGUAUCUUACCAAGACCAGCUGAUUUAUUCUAUGUUCCCAGGUGACUUUGUGAGGAUGAAGAAGAUGGACAGUAGAUAGGCAAACCCUUCCUAUUCAUGGCUCCACCUCCCUUGUUCAUUUUCUCUGACCAAAGCUGCUUUAAUGUAUAUACCGUGGUAUCCUUACUUUUAAUAUAUAAGUUUUGUAUAAAGUGAGGUCUAGCCCCUCUUUUUAUUUUAUUUUAUUUUUUAAUUUUUAUUGGUUUCUUUUCCGCUCAAGUACACUUUAGAAAUAACAUUUAGACACAGGCACGUGCACGCACACACACACACAUUUACAUGCUCACACGUGCACAUAUACAGACACACAGACACACAGCCGCACUGCUUCUCUCAUGAAGGGCUUUCCCUUGCUUCCUUUAGUUGCUUUAUAUAAAAUGCAAAGCUUUCAGGGGGCUCGGGGAAGGGGACUGGUUCCCUGACAUCCUUGAGCAAAGAUGCAUAGCACUUGAGAAACAGGUCAUCCAGUUUCAAGUUCUUUAGCCCCUCUUUUUAAAGCUUCUGACUGCCUUUAAAGCAUGGUCCCCUGUGGCCUGUGAUUCUCCCCACCCCCAAGUCUGGCUGUUGUGUGGUAUUUAUGUAUUCAUUUGCCUAAUUACACAGGAGAUACAUGCAUGCCCAAGGCUGUGUACAUCUGCCCUCCAUCCUGCAAAUACAGGUGUUCCUGUGUGCUCCAUCCUUCCUUUCUAUUGGUCUGGCAUAUUAAAAUGAUCAAAUAAACCAAGGUCUGUGAGUUUCC